UUUAAGGCUUAUUUUAUCUCUGAAGCCAGUGAUGGCGGAGGGCGCGGCCCGGCCAGGGGCGUGGUCUCCAGGGUUGGCCACGCCCACCAGUAUAAGAACGGCGGCUGCGAGCCGCGGGCGCGCAGGAUUUACUUGGAACGUGCUCGUGGGGUACUCGGGGUUUGAGUGUGGCGCACGCGCAGUGUCCCCCAAGGCGGGCAGGGAUAUGCGGAGCCGCGGCGCCGUCUGGUAUAUUAUAGGAGGAAAUUACAUCAUAUUGUCAAAUAAGGAAGAGCUAAGCUGAACGGAUGACUUGUAUGACAAAAAUGUGCCCCUCCUAUGAAUUGCUUCUGAGAUUCGUUAAUGAUACGUGGUGGCAAGGGAAUGAAAGCUGCAGGAUACCUGGCAAGAACUGUGGAUUUCUAAAAUUUGGAGACAUUGCAGAGCAAGGCACAAUGUCAACGGCAGGAGUUGCUGCUCAAGAAAUGAGAGGUCCAUUAAAAACUGGAUUUCUCCAUAAUGGCCAAGGCAUAGGGAGUCUGAAAACCUGCUGGACCGGCCACAAUGGGUUCGAAAAGACUUUCUUUAACAUGGACCCUAUAACAAUGACAUACAAUCUGAAUCCAUCAGCACAGCAACAUUGUACAUCUAUUGGGCACAUUUCAAACCCUGUACCAACAAAUGGCUACUGCUUUACUGAAAGCUGUGUCAGGGUCCCACCUCAGAAAUCCAGCCCAUCUCCUCUUAGUCCCAAAAGUGAGAAGCUUAGUUCAAAGCAUGAAGAUUAUCUUGUUCCUAGUUUCAGCAAACUGUCGGUAACUGUGGGCUGUGUUUCUGAGGAGAUGCCUCCUCAUACACUGACAAAGAGUGGACCACCUCAGUUUUCUUCUGCAUCUUCCAGUGACCGCAGCUCUAGGCCACUACCUCCACUGCCCAUUUCUGAGGACCUCUCUCCAGAUGAUGUCGACAGAGAGGUGGAAUUCUUAACAAGUUCAGACACUGACUUUUUGUUAGAUGAUUAUGAACUUCCUCCUUUUAAAUCCAGUGCUCCAAGUAGGCGGAGUUUUAGGGGUUGCGGACAGAUCAAUUAUGCCUAUUUUGAUGCCCCAGCAGGACCGAAAACAGAAGAUAACAACUCUGCAAAUAACCUAAAUGGAUGUACACAAACCCCAUGUCCUCCUCCACAACAGCUGCAUCGGCGUUUACGAAGGUCUCAUUCAGGGCCAGCUGGAUCAUUUAAUAAACCAGUAGUGAGGCUAUCUAGCCACUUAAAUAGGGCUUCUCCUAAUUCUGAUGAAGACAAACCAGAGGUCCCCCCUAGGGUUCCCAUACCUCCUAGGGCGCUCAAACCGGAUUAUAGAAGGUGGUCAGCAGAGGUCACUUCUAGCGCAUACAGUGAUGAAGACAGGCCUCCCAAAGUGCCCCCGAGAGAACCUUUAUCACGGAGCAAUUCCCGUACACCGAGCCCUAAAAGUCUGCCAUUGUACCUCAAUGGGGUCAUGCCCCCCACACAGAGCUUUGCCCCUGAUCCUAAAUAUGUCAGCAGCAAAGCUCUACAAAGACAAAACAGUGAUGGAUCUGCGAACAGGGUCCCUUGCAUUCUUCCCAUUAUUGAAAAUGGUAAGAAGGCCAGUUCAACACACUACUAUCUGUUGCCUGAAAGGCCUUCAUAUCUGGACAAGUAUGAGAAAUUCUUCAGAGAAGCAGAAGAAACCAGCUCAAGCACAGAAAUGAAGUCCUGGUCUGGUGACUGCACCACAGCUGCUGCCACAGCAAAGCAGGACUCAAAAGCUAGAAUGGACAUGGUUGGCCACAUGAAACGGAAACACCUGUCUUAUGUGGUUUCUCCAUAGAUUCUUGGAACAUAAUUCAUGAUAGUUGCUUAGGAUGGAGUAGAUCUUAACCAUGUUGCUAAGUUUUUGAGAUCCAAGGAAAGGUUCUCAAAUAAUGAAGUAAUGGAAUUCUUCCUGUUUCAGCAGAAAAGUGAAGUAUCAAUGGUAAAGUCGUCUUACGAUGCAUAUCUCUGAAUUGUUUGUCUGGACUAAGCCUAUCUUGGUCUGUAUAAUUGAAGACUGUAAAGCAUUUAUAGAAACGCAUGGAGUAACCAUAGCCAUGUUGGCCAGUUAUACACUAUCCUAAAGUAAUAUAUUUUGUAAAGGCAUAUUAAGAAAAAAUCCAGUUUUGAUGUCUGAAACCGAAAUCAGGGAAGAAAGUGCAGUACAGUAUUUUUGUUUUAUAUCACAGGCAUUUCCAAAAUAAUAGGCUUGGCAUUUUAAAAUCUUUUGCAGAAAAUAGCAUUGCUGGGAACAAACCCUGUUCUCUUUAGCUUGGAUGUGCUAACCUGGCUAGAAGGAAAUUGACAUCUACUUAAAGACUUGGAAGUGUAUUGGAAAGUGUUUAGACUUCUUUUAAUAUCUUCAAUAUUUUGAAAACUUAGUAGGAUAUAAGUAAAAUUUUUAGUGAAGUGGCUUCCGACAGGGGUUAGACUUCUGCUUUUUUUAUGGUGCCUCUUGGAUUCUUUCACCCACUAACAGGCACAUGGCAAAAAGAAAAGGAGUACUUGUGGCACCUUAGAGACUAACCAAUUUAUUUGAGCAUGAGCUUUCGUGAGCUACAGCUCACUUCAUCGGAUGCAUACCGUGGAAACUGCAGCAGACUUUAUAUACACACUGCAGUUUCCACGGUAUGCAUCCGAUGAAGUGACCUGUAGCUCACGAAAGCUCAUGCUCAAAUAAAUUGGUUAGUCUCUAAGGUGCCACAAGUACUCCUUUUCUUUUUGCGAAUACAGACUAACACGGCUGUUACUCUGAAAGGCACAUGGCAGAAUUCUGCAGAUUUUCCUAGCAGAGACUUGGACCAGGUACUGCUAACCUUCACCCAUUGUUCUCUUCAUAAGGGGUCCAAGGAAUGCAUGUUAGUGCCCUAAAAUUGACAGGGGAAAGGUAUCUAUCCACAAUUGCUAGUAAAUGGUCAGCAAUGACUACAUCCUUAUUUGGUACAGUAUACAAACUUCUGACUAUUAUAAACAGAAACACACAACACAAGCUGGUCUUGUGUUCUGGUUUCUAUUCAGUAUUUUCUGGUUGUGUAGUUUGUUUUUUUGGUAAAUUAAACAUGAUUCCAUUUACAAACCGUGUCAGUCACAUCUGCCUUUGCUUCAGAUACUGCUUCUUUCUGUUUGUUCUCCCCCCCCCCCCUUAGUCUGCCUCACUGUUCCACUUAGGUCCGGGGAGAUGCAACACUUGUGCAUUAGCUGUUUCUCGUGCAUACUUCCACAUAUUUAUCCUUUUAUAGAUAAGCACAAGAGAAGAGGUGCUCAUUAAUGGAGGUCCAUUACUAUAAUGCUCUCCUCCUAAUAGAAAUGAACAAGCUGUUUACAGUUUAAACUGCUGAAUGAGAUAUUUGAGCUAUUUUAAAGCUUACUUUUAUGUUUUAGUACAAACUAAAUGAAGGUGAAAUACAUGCUAUAGAAAAUGCACUGAUAUUUCUGCAUUAUGUGUACAGUAUUGAACAAAAGGAUUUUAUUCACUUUGUUUUAUUUUGAAUAUUGUCAUGUCUUGAAUUUAAUAAAGUUAUAAUAUACUUAUUUAUGA